AAAUUGAUAAUUUUGAUCGACGGUUAUAUAAAUCGAAGGUAACUCACUCCAUGAGCCUCAGUAACUACCACUAUGUUUUCAAUCACUGGUUUCUUAAUCGCGUGCCUAAUCCAUCAUAGCGCUUAUGGUUUGCCGGACACGCAAAUCGUCGGCGGCAGUGAUGCUAAAGAUGGUGCAUACCCUUAUCAUGUGUCGCUGAAGGCUCCGUUUACUAAUGCCCAUAUUUGCAGUGGAGCCAUCAUUAGUACGAGAUAUGUUAUCACCGCAGCGCACUGCUUGGCAAAUCGGAAUGAAUCUGAUAUUCGCAUCGACGUUGGAAGCAUUCAGCUUUUCUCUCCUGAAACUACAUAUGAAAUAGAAAAACUAAUAUUACAUCCUAAUUAUACAAGAGAAACAAAAGAUAACAGCUAUAUUAACGAUAUUGGUUUAAUUAGACUAAAAAAAGACAUCAAGUUUACUGCAAAUACUAAGUUAAUAAAGAUAAUAUCUGAUGACCCUAAGUGGGCUUUUUUUGAGGGUAAAAAAUUGACGGUAACCGGCUGGGGAAAGCUCUCGAAGGACAAUUCGUACAUUCCACUGCGCUUACAACACCUUAAUGUGACAGGAUGUAGUAAAAAAUUAUGCUCCGAUCAUUAUAAAAAUAUUAGCGACAGUCACAUAUGCACCAUUGAAGGGUGGGAUAAAGGAAUGUGCGAUGGUGAUGACGGCAGUCCACUUACCUACAAGAACGAACUAAUUGGAAUAUGGUCCUUUGGUGUACCAUGUGCAAUUGGCUAUCCAGAUGUGUUCACAAGAGUAUACCAUUAUAAAUCAUGGAUUAAAGAACAUACGAAUGCAGCCAGUAAUCAACAAUUGAAUAUUAUCUUUGCUCUGUUUCUGAUGUAUCUGAGUGUAUAUUCAUUUUUGUAGAUGCGCAUAUUAUUUAUUGCGCGCGCACGCCUGUGAUCAAUGAAUGUAAUUAUUGAUAAAUAUUGACAGAAAUAAGACAAAAUUGUAUUGUUGAAAUAAUAAA